UGAUGGUGCGUCGUUCUCCCUUGAUUGUGUAAGGUGCGUGAGGAUCCCACGCACCGAGAUCUGGUCGCCAUGGAGUACAUCAGAAUGCCCAAGGUGGAAAAUGUGCGCUUCAUUGAUGGAAUGUCUUCCAAAAGAGCUGCAUUAGGGACUCUGUAUCUAACAGCCACUCAUGUCAUUUUUGUAGAAAAUGAACCGGACAGUUGUAAAGAGACGUGGAUUCUUCACAGCCAGAUCUCUUCUGUUGAGAAACUUGCUACAUCGGCUUCUGGUUGCCCUGUGCUGAUUCGUUGCAAGAACUUCCAGAACAUUCAGUUCAUCAUGCCUCAGGAAAGAGACUGCCAUGAUGUUUACAUCUCUCUGAUACGUCUGGCACGCCCAGUGAAAUAUGAAGAACUGUACUGUUUUUCUUUCAAUCCAAAAUUAAACAAAGAAGAACGAGAGCAAGGCUGGAAUCUGACAAACUUGAUGGAAGAGUACAGUCGGAUGGGAAUUCCAAAUAGUUUCUGGCAGAUCAGUGAUGUCAAUAGAGAUUAUUGUGUGUGUGAUUCAUAUCCUACUGAUAUCUACGUGCCCAAAUCAGCCACUGCUCAUAUCAUUGUGGGAAGCUCUAAAUUUCGUAGUAGGAGGCGUUUUCCAGCACUUUCCUAUUACUACAAGCAGAAUAAUGCUUCCAUAUGUCGGAGUAGCCAGCCUCUAGCAGGCUUCAGCGCUCGAUGCCUUGAAGAUGAACAAAUGCUACAGUUGAUCUGGAAGGCAAAUCCUGGAAGUGAUUUUAUCUAUGUUGUUGACACACGCCCCAAACUCAAUGCAAUGGCAAACCGAGCAGCUGGGAAAGGGUAUGAAAACGAAGACAAUUAUUCCAACAUCAAGUUUCAGUUCAUAGGUAUUGAGAACAUCCAUGUCAUGCGAAGCAGUCUCCAAAAAAUGCUUGAAGUCUGUGAGCUGAGAUCUCCUUCAAUGAGUGAUUUCCUCUGGGGGCUGGAGAAUUCAGGCUGGUUAAAGCACAUCAAAGCCAUUAUGGAUGCAGGCAUCUUUAUCGCAAAGGCUGUUGCUGAAGAGGGCGUGAGUGUUCUUGUUCACUGUUCAGAUGGAUGGGACCGGACAGCUCAGGUUUGCUCUGUAGCAAGCCUUCUAUUGGAUCCAUAUUACAGAACUAUGAAAGGAUUUAUGGUAUUAAUUGAUAAAGAUUGGGUUUCAUUUGGACAUAAAUUUAAUCACAGGUAUGGCAAUUUAGAUGGAGACCCAAAGGAGAUAUCGCCAGUUAUUGAUCAAUUUAUUGAGUGUGUUUGGCAACUUACGGAACAGUUUCCUUGUGCGUUUGAAUUCAACGAAAGAUUCUUGAUCCACAUACAGCAUCAUAUAUAUUCCUGCCAGUUUGGAAACUUCUUGUGCAACAACCAGAAGGAAAGACAGGAGCUCAAAAUUCAAGAACGGACUUACUCGCUUUGGGCUCAUUUGUGGAAGAAUCGUGCUGAUUAUCUGAAUCCUCUGUAUAGGGAAGACCACAACAGGACCCUACAUCCGCAAUCAGCUCCCUCUCAUUUUAUCUACAAAUUUUGGAGUGGAAUGUACAAUCAUUUUGAAAAGGCACUCCAUCCGAGGCAGUCUGUUACAGAAUACCUGAUGGCGGUGAAAGAAGAAACACAGCAGUUGGAGGAGGAGCUGGUGGUACUAGAAGAGAGAUUGGCAAAACUUACAAAAGGGCAAUUAAAUAAUGAGGAGGCAAAGAUAAAAAAGGAAAAUCGAAGCUCCAGUGGCAGCAUGGCCAAAUCACCCCAAGAUUACACUGCUAAUCUGAAAUCAUUCCUUUCCCGGAGUCCUUCACAGGGAGAUGAAGAAGACUCAGCACUGAUUCUUACACAGGAUAACCUGAGAAGCUCCGAUCCUGAUCUGUCAGCCAACAGUGAUCAGGAAUCUGGCGUGGAGGAUAUGAGUUGUCGGUCCCCAAAUGGAGGAGGCUUGCCCAGUGAAGAUAGCAUCAAAGACCAUGAUUCGGAUGAAGCUGUUUUUCUCACUCUCUGAGUGAUUACUUAGUCAGUAGGUGAUAAAAGACUGCAUAUCGAAACUUCCAAAGAAAGGGAUUUAUGCACUUAAAGAGUCCAGAUGUGACAAAGACAUAAGCUAGAACGUUCUUGCAUUUAUUCAUCUUUUCAUAUCCCUUUACAGAGCCAUACAGAAUGAACAUUUUGUUUUACAUAGUUAUUAUCUAUAGGAUAACUGCAUAUAGUAAGACCACUCCAAAGAAAUCACAAGAAAUAACGUUUAAGCAAUGCCAAAGCCAAUCCAAUCCA